AUGGCAGCAGAACACCAGCCUCAACCCAACCCCCGAUCCCAUGUAGAGGAGAAUGCACCUCCUUCCUACGAGUCCAACUUCUCCUAUGAUUCAAGAAAUCCUACCGAGAGCGACAGAGAUGCCACCCAACAGAAAACCAACCUAAACACAACAGCAUCGCCUUCGUUAUCGCCACUAUCGAAAGCAGACGAUCCACCAGCCUACAGCUCUCCCCACCACUCUUCCUCUUCCUCUCGAAUACCUCUCACCCUGACCCUUGAUUUUCCCGCGUGUGCUAUUUAUUCCUCCAACGACCCAACACAGGCACUUUACAACCUCUCCCAACCGCUCUCCAUAAAACCACAUGCCAUAAAAAUCAGCGAUGGACGGGGGCAGAUUAUAUACCGAGUUUAUGAGUAUAUGGAACUACCCCACAAUUUCCGGUCAAAGAAUGUGGGCGCAGCGGUCAUUAGCCCCCAGAGGGGGAGCGUGGAUGUGGAGAAGUUCAUUGUUAGGAGGAAGGCGAAGACGAAGUGGUUGCGGGCUGGCCCAUCAGCUGCAACUGGAGGUAGUGAGGGCUGGGAGGUGUGCGGCGAAGAGAAGGAGAUUUUAGAGUUUUCUGCGACGCCACAGGUGAGUGGGGGUGGAGAUGAGGCCAUGAAAUGGAUGGAUUCGGAGCGGAGUCUAGUGGCCGUUGACGUGAGGAAGCAAGCCGCUGGUGGCAACGUUGUGUUGGAAUUGGAAAUUUUAACCCAACUGAAAAAUGAAAUCCUGGAGCUCUUGGUUGCGGCAUGGGUUUCGAGGGUGUGGAGGGAGGGGCGAGAUGACCAGGAGGAAGAUUUGAAGCGGAAGAAGGAGGAAAUUAAGCAGAGGGAGAGAGAAGUUGGCGGGUUGAAAGGUAGAUUGGGAGAAGUGAAAGAAGCGCUGGGUAUUGGAUACGGCAUCAAACCUGGGCCGAGAAGUGCUGGUAUGUACACGGGUCCUCCGAGUAUUGGUGAUAACGGCAGGAUCAAAUGGUCUUGA